CGUUGAGCGAAGUUAUCGUGUGCGUUUCAGUGCCGUGUUCGUUUCUUGAUCUAAUCACCAAGUCCUCUGUUGCAAACCGUGAACGCGGGUCGUAUAUCUUUCGGAUACUGUCGAGGAGGCCGAAGAAAGUGGUUGUACGUUAAACCUUGAACAAAAAAAAACACACACACACGCUAAUUGGCUUGCCCCGGGUGAUUGAUGAUCACGCAAUCGUGUCAGAGUGAAUAUAGUUAUAGCAAUUUUUGAUGCGUUUAAUAAACUAAGCACAAGUGAGGAAAUUAGUCAAUUGGUGGAGAAAGUUAGUUAAGCUGAGAGUUGUAAGCUCAGCCGCAAGACGAGAAGAAUUUUAUGUGAUAUUCGGUGCAAAUAAAAGUGGCAAAAUUUCGACCUACAAAAUGCCGACGCUUCAGCCGCGGAUAGGAUUCAGUAUCGACUCUAUAGUCGGGAACAGUACCCCCAAAUCGCCACCUCACGCCAUAACAAAGGUGGGCGGUCCACAGCGAUCACCCAGUCCGCAGUCUUAUUCGGUUCGGCUGAAUCGACUACAGAGCCUUUCACCGCCGCAUAACUACAGCAUAACAAGACUGCCGGAAUCUCCUCAGAGUAUCGAGUCGCAAACUCGCUUGGAAUCGCUGACAACAACCAGCCCUGCACUGCAAUCAAGGCUAACUCCAGAUGAGCAUCUGUCCGGCAAAAGACCGCGCAGCCCAUCACCACCAUCUUCCCCGUCCGGUCCGAUGUCAGUGCCAGUGUCCAGCGGUCCCGGGCCAAUCGUUGUUCCGGGACUCCCAGCAGGUCUUAUACGACCGUUUCCUGUUAGUCCGCCGCAACAGCAGCCGCCACAAAAUCCCGACAUCAAAACUCUUCCGCCAUUCAUGCACACCCCCGAGAUGGUUCAAGCUGCCCACAAUCAACACUUCCUUGCUGCACAGUUUCAAGCCGCCGCUCUGGCACAUGCCCAAGCUGGACAACCGUUCCCACCACACCCGGCUGCCGCUCACCUGCACAAUCCAAACCUUCCACCUAGGGACAGUUAUCCGCUGUACCCAUGGCUGCUAAGCCGCCACGGUCGUGGAGUUUUUCCAAUCGGAUUCCCUGGCAACUACCUCAUCCCAUUCCGUAAGUCAAAACGCGUUCGGACUGCGUUCUCACCCUCGCAGCUACUGAAACUGGAACAUGCCUUCGAGAGUAACCAUUACGUGGUCGGAGCGGAACGCAAACAGCUUGCCCAGAAUCUCAACCUCUCGGAAACGCAGGUUAAAGUAUGGUUCCAAAACCGGCGCACCAAGCACAAGCGCAUGCAGCAGGAAGAGGGUAAAUCGGGUGAAUCGAGCGACCAGAACCGGUCGACCUCGAGCCCGGCGUCCGGAAGCUGCCCGGAAGAUGACGAAGACGAGUUCAUCGAUAUGGACGACUGUCCGAGCGAUGAGGAAAAUAUGCAUCACAACGGAUGAAGCAGCGAUGCGACCCGGCCAACCGAACAAGAAAGCGGCAUCUAUCGGGGAGCGGAACAGACAACAAGAGUAAAUGUAGAAUUACUGUAAGCUGUGCCAAAUAGACUAGCGGGGAUGAUUGAUUGCAAGGAUGCGUGCCCGUGCGUAGCCGGAGGGUCCCACCAAGUCGAAGGUUCAUCAUGACGAUGACGAUAAAAAAAAAUGAAAGAGUAUUAGCAUACGUUUUGCAUUCAGGAGCUGCAAUUAUACCAGUGAUUGUUUCUAGCUGUUUAGAUUCUGUUUCCAAGUUUAAAUAGUAAGAAGAGAUUUUUAUUUUACUAUGUUUGUCCAUACAUCUGACUCUGGUGCAUCUCCAGAUUAGGCAGUUAACAUACUAUUAUAAUCGUGUAGAUAGGAAAUCUGUAUUAAAUGUGUAUAUAAUGGAUACUUAAUAGCUAUUUAAUAACAGAGGCUUGAAUUGACUGUAAUGUAAUUUUAAUUUCGUUCAUUUCAAACAAGGACGUUUUCGUGCUUACUUUUAAGUUCAAAAUGGAUGUAGAUUAAGGUUUGUCAUAUACGUUGCAUAAUGAUAUACUUAGUGCAUACAUGAACUCGUUUGUAAAGAGCAUUACACAUUUAGGAUUCACAUGGAGAUGAGAUGAACAAUUUAUUAGUAAAAUA